UUCUCUCUCUUUUAUUAGAAAUUUCAAAACCUAAAAGCUUGAUUCGAUUUUGAUCAGAGUUUCUCUCUCCAAUUUGAUUCAGAUUUCAAUUGGUUCAAAUCGAAGGUGACGCAGCUUCUAUUCAUCGACGACUACGUCUCCUCCAGCCAAAUUGAUUAACCACCGUUGCCGGCGCCAGCUUCCGAUUGCGCUUGGUCCAAUGACCUCCAGUGGCUUUUUUGUUUUUGGUUUUGUUAUGGUUUUCACCAGCUCCGGCGACUCACCGAUGGUGUGUCCGGACUGCGGUAGUGGCUUCAUCGAGGAGAUAGGCAACCCGGCCCGCUCCGCCCACGUGGAUUCGUGCCGCAGGGGGAGUUCUGUUGCUGCGAUGUACAUGAUCAAAGCCAACAACCGUUUCGGUUUCAAUCAUGAUCUUUGACGAGAUCUUGGAGCUGAUUGCCAAGUCUUUCAAGAAUUUCAAGCUCCUUGUGCUUUCGUCCUGUGAGGGAUUCAGUACCGAUGGCCUUGCCUCCAUUGCGGCUAAUUGCAGGUUCAUCUCUCUGCUGCUAUGGUUAUCUAUCAGGAUUGGCAAAACCCUCAAAAUCAACCUCAAUGAGUUCCCUGGUGCCUACAGAGCUGACUCUACUGCAAUUCCCGAGACUCUCACUUACCAGAGAAAGCAUCAAAAUAUGGUGAAGGCCAAAAGGAACAUGGAGCAUGAUACAGAUCCUGGGAAGGAUAUUAUGGGAUUAUGAAGGUACAACUCUAAGCAUCAGCAAAGGUGGUGUUCUUCUUCUGUCACUACUAGUACUUGAAUCAAGAUCAAAUGGUGGGUAACUAAGGAAUCUCCUACCCCUUUUUUAGAAACCGGAGUUGAUUUGAUUUCAUAACUCAGGCAGCUAUACUAUUAGUCGGAAUUAGGAUAUGAUCGAGCAAUAAUUGUAUUUAUAUUUGAUCAUUAGAAAGUACUUUAUAUUAUACUCCUAUAUAUGGAGCUCUAUGCUGGCUGAAUUUUCCCAAGUAUGUGGGUAUUUAUACCCUGUUUUGAUCCAAAACCGGAAACAGCUAAUGAGUGACAAUAUCAAUGUCAGAUGGUGGAGAGCUAAUAUGAGGCAAUUGAUAAUAUGAUUGGGCUUUCUAAGCCCAGAAUGA